AUGCCCGCCAGCAAAGUACUCGCAUCAUGGAAAAAUUCUACAAUAUCUGUUAAACCACCCAGCUAUCGGAAUAAACCUUUGGUCACCAAUCAAAGCUGGCUAAAGGGUAAACAGCAUGAUGAUAAUGCCGAAGGCCUUUGGCGUAUCUAUGAUAAUUUAUAUGAUUUUACGGAUUUCAUAUCGAAGCAUCCGGGUGGCAGUUUUUGGUUGGAAAAAACUAAGGGUACGGAUAUCACCGAAUCAUUUGAAACUCAUCAUAUAAAGGGUGUACCCCAGGCUAUAUUGGAAAAAUAUUUUAUACGUAAAGCCAAAGCGCCGAGAAAUUAUACAUUGACCCUGCACGAAAAUGGUUUUUAUCGCACGCUGAAGAAACGCGUUGCCGCAGAAAUGAAACACAUCGAUCAGAGUCCAAAGGAGAAGACGAGGCUCUACCAUUUACUUCUUCUCUCCUCCACCUUGUUAUUCGUUGUGCUCUCGGCCCUCUUACCAAAUAUUGUAUUUGAGGUGGCGGCAGCCCUCUCCUUGGCAUGGGUUAGUAUAUCGGCCCACAACUACUUUCAUCAACGGGAUAAUUGGCAAAUGUAUACCUUCAACUUGACCCUGAUGAAUUUUAAUGAAUGGCGGAUUUCACAUGCCCUGUCACAUCAUGUCUAUACCAAUUCGUUACAUGAUUUGGAAAUGUCCCUGUUCGAACCAUUUUUAUGUUGGAUUCCAAAUCCACACAUUGCUUCAAUGGGACGGCGUAUUAUAUCGGUGAUAAUACAACCCGUGUUCUAUGCUAUGAUAUUUCCAUUUCAUUUUAUCUUGAGAGUCAUUAAUUCGUUGUUCGCCAAAAAUGUCUUAUAUUGGCAUGAUGUGCUUGGUUUUACCAUACCACUCCUGAUGCUUGUAGUCUCCCAGGCAUCACCCUUAACUGUCCUGAUUCAAUGGUUGCGCAUUCUGGCCAUCUCCAGUUUUAUUUUCGGUUUAAUUGGAUUGAAUGCCUCCCAUCAUACCCCGGAAAUCGUCCAUGAUGGUGAUGCCUUGCGUGAAAAUCGUGACUGGGGCCUUUAUCAAUUGGAUACCAUAAUCGAUCGUGGUGAUAUUAAAAGUUCACAAUUUAUGUGCUUAACACAUUUCGGUGAACAUAGUCUGCAUCAUUUAUUCCCAACUCUGGAUCAUGGUAUAUUGCCACAGUUGAAUGAAGUAUUUUUGAAAACUCUUGAAGAAUUCAAGAGUGAAUUGCGGGAGAUAUCAUUUGCCGAACAUAUUAUUGGACAAAACAAACAGUUGCUAAGGACCGCAGCAAAUCCGAUAGCUGUUGACCAAAGAAAGUCGAAAAAGUGA